AAAAUCUAGAUCUGAAACAAAUUGGCUCUAAGAGAAAGCCUUGUUAUAUCUUGGCACAGUAAAGAGAAACAAGAAAAUGCAGACAACAAUGGCGAUGACCAUGUCAGCCCCAGCUCUCUCCCCAGCCAUACUGUGUAAUAAUAUCCAAAUAAGAGGAGCCCAUCUUACAAGCUUAUCCUCCCUGACAAAAUCCAAGCAAAAACUUGUGUACAGGUGGCGAGCCAUGGCUGCUGAUCCUUAUGUGGAUUACAAUUCUUCUCCAAAAUCGGUGUUUCCAGCAGAGGCAUGUGAUACAGUGGGAGGAGAAUCCUGUGAAGGAAAAAUUGGCACUGAAGUGCAGCUCAAGAGUGAGUCUUCUUCCACACAGACAUCUCCACAAGCAGAGGGUAUUGACAGGGAAUAUGUGGAAUAUAAUUCCAUUCCAAAGACUGUGUUUCCAGGUGAGGCCUGUGAUGAUCUGGGAGGAGAAUUCUGUGAACCAGAGUACCAAAGUGGGGUUUUUAAGGAGAAAGAGCCCAGCAAGUAGAAGAAAGAGCCUCUGCAAUUUAUGUUGUAUAAGAAAUGUACUGAGUAGGGCUCUGUAAAUAGAUAGGGGCUCAUCUGUACUGAUCUGCUAUGUGGGUUUUGGAUAUUCCAUGCCAAUAUGAUGAAGUAUAUAUUAACUGUAACUUUACUGUAUAUGGCUUAAUUAUACUUUUAAACAAUAGAGUGUACUUAAUUAUACUUUUAAACAAUAGAAUGUGCUUGUAUUGAUUUCA